AUGGAGGGAGAAGAAGAAGCAGCCGCAGGCGCAGCUUCAACGAAAUCAACAGAAAGAAAGCAUUCUCUCAAACCCCACCCUAUCUUCAAUAACUAUAACAGCUGGAAGCACAAGUUGAGAGAGAACUGUUACAAAAGGGUAAGAGAAGACAGAAGGCGGUUGCUUUGGAAGAUGAGAAUGGUGCCCACUCCACAAUUUCUCAAUCACAUUCCAAAUGAUUUGAUCAAAUCUGCUUUCCAGGACAUAGUUUCCGCUGAAUUGGGAAAAAUUAAGGACUCGUCAUUGGAUGACAAUACGAGGAUUUCGAAAUCUGUUCCUGAGGGCAAUGAUGUGUUAUGGGAAUAUGAAGGCCUUACAGACGCAUACCAAGGUGAUUGUGAAGAGAUGCUGUUAGAAAUGCAAAGGAUCUUUUACGAAGAUCUGAGUACAGAGCCAACUACAAAAGAAACAGAAAUCCGUGUUGAAACAUGGGAAGAUGAAGAGGAUGAGUAUUUGGCCCAGGCGGUUUAUGAGCAUAUGCAACUGAACGACAAGCAGCUGCGCAAGGAGGAAGUUUGGUGCCCCAUCUGUAAGCAUGGAGUACUACAAGAGAAUUAUCAUCUGAUUUACUGCAGCCUAUGUGAAAUUCGGCUCAACAAAGGCGAUGAGGUUAUUGUACGGAAUUCAGCCAUGGCUGCAGCCGAUACUCACGCCCCUAACCCUAAAUGUCAUCUUUGCAACGCGGGAGCUGGUGCCGCCGCCGGGGUUAUUGCUGCAACAUUUGUGUGUCCUUUAGAUGUUAUCAAGACUAGGCUUCAAGUUCACGGGCUGCCAAGGCUCGGUAAUGGGAAUGUCAAAGGUAGUCUCAUAGUUGGUUAUUUGGAACAAAUAUUUCACAAGGAGGGGUUACGUGGCAUGUAUCGUGGGCUCUCUCCAACUGUCCUGGCAUUACUUCCUAACUGGGCAGUUUAUUUCACAAUUUAUGACCAGCUCAAAAACUUCCUUUGCUCUGAUGACGAGAAUCAUCAUCUUCCCAUCGGGGCCAAUAUGCUAGCUGCUUCGGGUGCUGGAGCUGCGACAACUAUUGCUACAAAUCCGCUUUGGGUUGUCAAGACUAGACUUCAGACUCAGGGAAUGAGACCAGGUGUGGUGCCAUAUAGGAGUACACUUUCUGCUUUGAGGAGAAUAGCUCAUGAAGAAGGCAUCCGUGGUUUGUACAGUGGUCUUGUACCUGCUUUGGCUGGUAUCAGUCAUGUUGCCAUCCAAUUUCCAACCUAUGAGAAAAUAAAAUUUUAUUUAGCUAAUCGAGAUAACACUACGGUAGAUAAACUCGGUGCACGUGAUGUUGCCAUUGCCUCAUCUGUAUCCAAGAUAUUUGCAUCAACAUUGACGUACCCACAUGAGGUGGUACGCUCAAGGCUUCAAGAACAAGGCCACCACUCUGAGAAGCGUUAUUCUGGUGUUGUUGAUUGCAUUAGAAAAGUAUUUCAGCAAGAGGGCCUCCCUGGUUUCUACCGUGGAUGUGCCACCAAUCUUUUGAGGACAACACCAGCUGCUGUAAUUACAUUCACAAGCUUCGAGAUGAUUCAUCGGUUUCUUGUUACUUUAUUCCCCCCCGGUCAAACACUAUGA